AUGAUGAUUAAACUGAUGAUAUUGAAUGUUAAAGUAAUUAUAUAUAUUUAUUAUAUGAUAAAUAGGAUGUCAUCAUUCUUGUAAAGAUUGCAUACCCAGUCCUGAAAAAGAUGCAUGCACAAAAUGCCCUGAAUCUAGAAAACCUAGUGAUCCAUUAGAUACUUAAUUUUAAUGUAUUUGUGAAUCUUCAGACACUUUUGAUGAUGGAUUUAAAAUGCUUUGUCAAUAAUGUCAUUAUUCUUGUCUAACUUGCUAUGGUCCAUUUUCAUCAAACUGUUUCACAUGUGAUCUAACAUAUAGAUAGUUAGAUUAUUCAUCAUGUGUUUGUUAAGAUGGUUACUAUGAUAAUGGAUAAUUAAAAUGUGACAGUAAAUUUAUUUAUUAAUAGCCAUAGAUUGCCAUUAUACUUGUCAUAGAUGUUUUGAUAAUACUGAAUAUGAUUGUAUUGUAUGUUCAUUUGAACUUUAUUUUAGAGUGCUUAAAGGUAAUAUGUGUAGAUGCGCUGAUGGAUAUUAUGAAGAAGAAGGAAAGGCAUAGUGUUAAAGUAAUUAUUAUUUUUAUAUUUAUUCAUAGAAUGCUCAUAUAGAUGUGAAACAUGUUAGACUAGUCCAGAUAAAUGUUUAACUUGUCCCUUGAAUUCUCUUCGUUUACUUGAUCAGAUAAAAGGUUGCUUAUGCUAAAAUGAUUUAUACGAUAAAGAAAACGAGAUAAUCUGUUAAAGUAUUUUCAUUAUUAAUUGGAGAAUGCCACUUUAAAUGUAAAACCUGUAGUUCUUUUGGAGAAGAAUAAUGUCUUAGUUGUGACUUGGUUACAAAUAGAGAAUUUAAAUUUAAUUAAUGCAAAUGUAAACCUCAUUACUUUGAAUAGGAAGUUUAACAAUGCACGAGUAAUUAUUAAAUAUAAAUUUAGUUUGUAGCUAAUUCUGUUAUGAAUGCAUUGAAAAAUUUGAUAAUUGUACUUCUUGCAAUAAUGAUAGAUACUUAGAAGGCAGUACAUGUAAAUGUAUCACUAAAUUUUUUGGAAGUGCAAUCAGUACUUUUGAAUAUAAUGAUGGUGUCUAAUGUUUAAGUAAUCAGAUCAAAUAUAAAUAGAAUGCCAUUAUUCCUGUGGAAUUUGUAGAGGUGUUAAAGUAACAGAUUGUCUUACCUGUUUAGAAAAUGAAAAUAGAUUCUAAGUGGAAAAUACUUGUAUUUGUAAAAAUGGAUAUUUUGAUGCAGGAUUACCUGUUUGUUAAAGUAUUUAUGAAUUUUAUGUAUAGAAUGCAAUUAUAAAUGUAAAGAUUGUAAGUAAUAAGCUGAAAGCUGCACAUCUUGUCAAGAUAACACCUUUAGAUAAUUAAUUUUAGGUUUUAAUAAAUGUGAAUGUAUUUAAAGAUAUUAUGAUGACGGAAUUAAUGAAGUUUGUCAGAGUAUCUAUUAUGAUAAAUAAUUAAUAGAGUGCCAUUAUUCAUGUCUUAGAUGCAACAACAUUCAAACUAAAUGUGAUUAAUGUUUAGUUGAAUCCAAUAGAACCUAUAAUAUUUAACUUUUUACUUGUGAUUGUAAAAUUGGAUAUUACGAUACUGGAAUUGAAAUUUGUUAAAAAUGUCACUAUUCAUGCCUACAUUGUAAUUCUGGAGGUUCUAAUAACUGUGUUUCAUGCGUAGAUUCAAAAACCUCCCACAGAGUAUUCUAUAAUAAUUCUUGUAAAUGUUUAUUUGGAUAUUUUGAUGAUGGUUCAUCCAUACAAUGUUAACAAUGUGAUAUUUAAUGUCUAAGUUGUAUUGAUUAAUCUUAUUAAUGCUCAUCAUGUCCUUAAACAAGAAAAAUAGAAUAUAAUUGUAAAUGUUCAGAGGGAUAUUACGAUGUUAAUUAAUAGCUUUGCUCAUAAUGUAAUUAACAGUGUCAGACAUGCGAAUUUAACUCAAAUAAUUGUACAUCAUGUUAUGCUGAUUAAUUUCGAAAUUUCAACUUAAUUACUAAGACAUGUGAUUGUUAAUCUGGCUAUAUUGAAAUUAAUGGAGUUUGCUAAUAAUGUAAAUAGAGUUGUUAAACAUGCUAAUUAUUAAUAAAUAAUUGUACUUCUUGUAGUAAAUUUCGAUAUUUGGAAAACAAUAACUGUAUUUGUAUCAAUGGAAUGUUUGAAUCAAUUUUAGAUAAUUAAUGUCAAUUCUGUGAUAAAAGUUGUCUAACUUGUAGUUUUUCUAAAACAAAUUGCUUAACUUGUUCAAUUGAUAAUUAUAGAACUUUAACAUCUGGAAAUGUAUGUGAAUGUAUGGAAGGAUAUUUUGAAGAUCCAAUUACAUAAAAUUGUGAAAAAUGCGAAAAAUCUUGUUUAACUUGCUCUCUCUUAUCUACUUACUGCUUAACAUGUGAUUUCAGCCUUCAUUUGUUUUUGGUUAAUAAUUAAUGUUUAUGUUCACAAUCUUAUUAUUUCGAUUCUUUGAGUAAAUAAUGUUAAUGUAAUAAUUUACUUAUAUUUAGAAUGUCAUGUUACAUGUCUUGAAUGCUCAAAUAAGAAUGAAUGUAUUUCAUGUGAAUUGAUAACGAGACAUCUAGAUUCAGACUUAAAUAAAUGCUUAUGUAAUAUUGGAUUUUAUGAAAUAAACUAAUAGAAUUGUUAAAGUAAUUAACUAUUUAAUUAUUUUAGGAUGUCAUUUCUCAUGUGAAACCUGUGAAAAUAUAAAUACUCAUUGUUUAAGUUGCAUGGAAGACUAUAAUCGAAUUUUAACAAAUAAUAAAUGCUUGUGUUUAGAUGGUUAUUAUGAAGUUGAAAUUGAAUAAUGUCAGAAAUGUGAUAGUAUUUGUAAAACCUGUUAGUUCUCUGCCUCAACUUGUUUAUCUUGCUUUGAAAUUGAAUAAUUGAGAAUUUUAUCUGGAAAUAAAUGUUUAUGUUAAUCUGGUUAUUUUGAAUUAAACAAUGAUGUUUGCUUAAGUACUAAUAUUAAAUUUUAAAUAGAAUGCUCAAACGAAUGUUUAACUUGUCGUGGAUCUGCUAAUUAUUGUACAAGUUGUGAUACUAAUUCAAAACGAGUUGAUUAAUCCAUAAUUCAUAUUUGUCCUUGUAUUAUUGGAUUUUAUCAAGAUUAAAAUUAGAUUUGUUAAAGUUAUUUUUCACAUAUUUAUUAUUAGAAUGCCACAUUAAAUGUCAAACUUGUAUAAAUUAAUUUGACUAAUGUUUGAGUUGUUAUUUUUAAUUAGAUUCAAAUAGAAUGUCUAUUUUUGGAUAAUGUAAUUGUAAGGAAGGAUAUUUUGAUGAUGGAACAUAAAUCUAAUGUUAAAAAUGUCAUAUUAAAUGUACGCUUUGUUAAAAUGAAUCAAAAAAUUGUUUAAUAUGUUCAGAUUCGAAACGAAUUAAUCCACCAACCUGUAAUUGUAUGGAUGGAUAUUAUGAAGAUGAACAAUUUACAUGUUAAAGUAAAUUAUAUUGUUUAAAUAAGCCUGCUCUUCUAAAUGUAAUACAUGUUAACAAUCCCCCUCAAAUUGUUUGAGUUGUAACCCUGGAAGGGUUGGAUUUGAAUGCAAAUGUGUUGAUGGGUAUUAUGAAACUGGAGCAAUAUUUUGUGAAUGUAUAAAAAAAUUUAAGUAUUUAGAAUGUGCAUUUAAAUGUGCCACUUGUCUUUUAGAUCUUUUGAAUUGUGAAACUUGCAAAGGUAAUAGAAUUUAAGUGCCUCAAUGUAUUUGUUAAAUAGGAUAUUUUGAUGAUUUAAUAAACGAAGAUUGUUAAUAAUGUGAUAGUACUUGUUUAGAAUGCAAUAAAAAUGGGUGCAUAUCUUGUAAUGCAAAUAGGAUUUUAGAUGAAGAAAAUAACUGCAUCUCACCACCAAAUUCAAUUUAGUAUAAUAAUACUCCUUGGUGUUCAAGUAAUUAUCUGCAUUAUAAUAAAUAGCUUGUCAAGUUGCAGUUGUUCAUAUUUAUUUAUCAGAUGAUAUUAGUUAGAUUAUUAUUCAUUUUGAUUUUCUUUUGAGUUCAUAAGGAUUUAAUUCAGAGUUUGAAGUUAAUAAAUGCUUAUCAUUAUUUGAAAUAAAGUCUGUGUAUAGUUUUGGUUAAAAUGCUAUCUGCUAUCUUAAUCCAGAUAACAAUCAGUAAAUUUUGAUAUCUUUAGGUGAAAACUCAAAAAUAAAUGUAGGUGAUGAAAUUAUAUUUAUAAGUAAUUCAAUAUCUCACAUUAACUGUAAAAAUUCGAUAUAAAAGUUUAUAUUUACAACUUUAUAGAUGCCAAUAAAUCUACUUCCUCCAAAAAUUGAGUAUAAUGUACCUACUCAUAAACUUAACCCAUAUGCUGAAAACUCGAUAAAUUUAAAAUCGAUAAAAAAUAAUGGAUUUCGAAAAUUAGACAAUAUUAUUUGGAGUUUUGAAGUAGAAGGAAACAAAAAUACUUAAGCACUUAAUGACUUCUUAAAUGAUAUUAACUUUUUAUAGGAUUAUAACUUAUUGCUACCAAAAAAUACUUUGCCACUGUAGGCAGUAUUAAAAUUUAAGAUUAAAUAUUAAAAUUUCAUAAAAACUGCCUCCUUUUCUGAAUUUACAUUAUAAACACAUACUGGAGAACUUCCUUAAAUUUAUUUAGUUGUUUAACCCUCAUAUUUUGUUUAUGAAACAAUUAAAAUUUAGGUUUCUGCUGGUUUGUAAAAUAAGUAAAUUUCAGACGAUAAAGCAAAAUACUUAAUUUAAGUUCAUGAAAUAGAUAAGUAUCCAAAGAAAUCUUUAUCUUCAAAAUUGAAUAUAUCAUCUGAAACUAAUGCCUUUGAGACAGUUUAAGGAAAUAUUUCAAAAUACACUUUAAGUCCAAAUUCAACAUAUACAUUUUAAAUUAUUGUAAGAAAUUUAGAAACUGAUGAUGUUCAAAAUUAAAAUUUCACAAUAAAUAUUCUUUAUUCUGGAUUUAUUUGUAAAUUUAAUAAUGGAGGUUUAUAGAGUGUUAGAAAAGAUUUUUACCUCAAAAUAGAAUGCAAAGAUUUGGACACUAAACUUGAAUGGAACAGUGACCCAGACUUGGAUAUAUUAGUGUCUUGUAAGGAUCUAUCAUAAAAUAAUGUUUGCUAAAAUGAAGUUAAUAAAACUGAUUAUUUCCAAUUCAUCAGAAGGAAUUUCAUCCCUGCUUUUACAGUAUAAAAAUGGACAGUUCAUGUAUCGAAAUUUUUAUAAUCUUCUGAAUUUUCAUUAAUUGUCAUCUAUCUUGAAGAUGAUUUUCCUUUAUUAGAGCUGGAAUAUAAUUAAGGCUAUUUAAUGAGAAAGGUUAAUAAUUAUGAAUAGCUCAAUUUUACAUUUGUAAUUCCUGAUUUUUAAAAACCUUAUUUAUUUGAACUUUCAAUUGCAAUUAUAUAUAAUUAUGAAUUAAUACAAAUACUUGAACCAAAAUAUAUUUCUCAUACCUUUAAGUUAUCAAAUAGUCUUAAAGAAUUUAAUUUUGAUGACAAUGUCAACAUUAAAUUUAUGGCGUAAUUUUCAAACAAUAUAAUGCCAAGCUUAAACAAUAUCAAAUUAAGUAUUAAUAAGCCUCCUUUUUGUUCAAAAUUAUUUAUUACUCGUUCGAGUGAUUUAGCACUUACUAAUAUUUAAAUUGCAAUAACAUGUGAGCAAUCAAAUGAUUCCCCUUACAAAUAUUAACUUAGAUUAUUUUUGAGAGAAAAGGAUUUAACAGAUUUUUUGCAAGGGUCAUCAGAUAAUUCCUUGAUUCUUUAUCCAUUUUAGAUUUAAAAUAAAUUUUCGAUUUAAACACCUUCUUCUAUUGAUUCGUCUAAAAUUGUAGUUUUAAUAUAAGUGCUUGAUAGUGGAGGAUCAAUAUCUUAAUCUUUUGAUAAGAUUACUACAAAACCUGCUCAAAUAGAUUGCUCUUCAGUAUAAUUUGAAACAUUGGCUUUAUAAAAUAAAAUUCCAUUACUAUUUGAAGCAAUGAAUCAAUAAUGUGAUUAAUUACAUAGCAGAAUUUAUUUUGAUUUGCUUAAUUCAAAGAUUUUGUCAGAUUUGAAUGAUAACAUCCUUAAAUUUUAAGCAGUAAAAUUAUAUAAGUUAUUUUAAAUCUAAACAUCAUCUAAUCAACCUAAAAUUCGUUUAUUAAAAGAAGAUUCUUAAAAAAUAUGCUAUAAUUUAAAUUCAACUUAUUUAGAUAUUAAAUCAGAUUCCAUACAAGAAUAUAUUAAUCCAACAAUAAAAAUAGACGAUUUUUAAUAAAGUAUUAAUAAAUUCGAUAAAACUCUGAAAUAUUUUCUUAAAAUGAAAAAAGAAUUGCAAGAAAAACUAAAUUAGAAUUAAUUUGCUUGGAAUGAAGAAAUCUUUCAAUAAUAUGAAAAUUCUUAAGAGGGCAUCAUGAAUCUAUUAUACUAACUUGAUGAGAUUUAUUUGGAAUUCUCUGCCUUAAAUGAAAAAAAUGAAACAAUUUACCAAACUAUUGUUGAAUUACUGAAAAAUAUUAAUGUGAUUGCAGAUUAAAUAUAAGAUUCUAUUUUGGUUAACUCUAAGCCUUUAAUCAUUAUUGGUAAAGAGAUUAUUUGGCAGAUCAAAAGAAUAACAAAGAAAUUUUUCAAUUAAUAAUUUAAUAUUGAACCUUCAUAAGAAGACUAUUUGAUUGAUUUUGUUUAACUUGAAUCUACAUAUCUUUAAUCAAAUCCUCUAAGAUUUAAACAAGAUCUGGAAUAAUAAAUUUAAAUAUAUUUCAAUGACUAAACUUUACGAAUUUAUACUGAAAAUUAUUACUAAAUUUAAUUAAAAAUUUUUUAUCACAGAAAAUUUCUUGCUUAUGAAAACUUUACUUCCGUUUUUAGCACAAAAUUUGGAUCAUAUUAAUUGUGUACCAAUAUUACAGAAUUAUCAUAAGAAUAUGAAAUAUAAUGUGUAGUGAGAACAACCUCAAUGAAAUUUUAUUAAUGUAUUUUGAAUAAAGUUCAAAAUAAUGAUACCAUUGAAUUUUUUUGUUAUUGUAAAAAUAUAGGUGAUAUUUUCUUAAUAACCUCAAGUAAUUAUACUAAUUUAAACACUAAUAAUGAAGAAAUAUUUAAUUUUUUCACUAAUUCAACGAUUGAAAAUUCAAUGGAAUUAAGUAUAUUUGCUGGUUCUUUAACACUAAUUUUUAUAACUAAUUAUAUUUAUCAUUUAUAUAAAGAAUGGAAAGAUAAGGAAGAAACAAGUUAAACUGAAUUAAGUAACAAUAGUCAAUAAAAUGUUCUAGAUAAAAAUUAAUUUAUGUAUCAAGGUAAUCAUAAAAUAUUCAAAGAUAAAUUGAAGGUAAUUUUGAAUAUUAUCAUUAGGAAAUCCAUCAAACUAUUUCAAUAUUUUGUUAUAAAGACAAAAUAAUUAACCUGAGUUUUAGGAUGUUAGAAAUUUUUACUUAGUUAAAUUUAUUAUUAGCUUUAGCUAUUUUAGAAUGUUAUUUGCGGAAUAAUUAAAUUCUUGAAAUCAGUUUAUUCAUCGUGACAAAUUCUAUUAUAAUUUUGAUUUUGAGAACACUUUUUAAGAUAAUCGAAUCAAUUUAUAGAUUUAAAAAAAUAGCAGCUUUGAUUAGUCAGUUGAUUCUUAUUUUGUUAUUGACAGCUCCCAACUUUGCUUUAAUUGUUUUGGAUUUAUUAAAGUAUUGUAUGAUAUUUAUUUAGUGUAUAAAUGUAAUCUGAAUCAUAUGAAGUCUUCAUAAUCUUUUUAGGGAAUAUUCUAAUUUCAUAAAUGAUUAUAGAACCGCUUACAAUUUAUACUAGAAUAAUAAUUUAUAGAUUGAUAGCAAGAAGUAUAAAGAGUAUGAAUCUCAACCCUAUUCAUCAUUUCUUGCAUUUUUUUGUAAUGCAUAGCAGUUUAGAAGAAAUUUUUGAUGAUUUUGCAAGAAUUUGA